AAAUAAACACUGAAAAUGGCGGACAGCCUGUCCGUCUUAACAGUUUUUGCGUCCUCUUUGCUGAUCAAACAGGUUGAUGCAUACUACUGUGAUAGUGGAAAAUGUGAAAACAAUGAGUACUGCUGUGGAGAAAAUAUAUGUUGUGUGUCGUACACAGUUUGGGAGCUGUGGUAUUUCUGGUUUGGUUUGGUAUUUUUCAUGAUCUUGUUAACUUCCUGUAUAUACAUGUGGCGAUCUGGAUACAGAGAGAGAAUUAUUUAUUUUGGAACAGUCCCUCCAUCCUACAGUCCUUUGUCUCACAAGGAAGCACACUUACAGACCUCCCGAUACUCAGAUGAUUUUGGUCCCCUAUCAGGAAAUCCAAGAAUGUCACCACCAGCUUAUGAUGAAGUCAUCGUCCAUGGUUACCAUCAGAAACUCCCACAGUGAUUGUCUUGAAAUAUCAGCAAGUGUUGGUCAUAACUUAAAGUGAGGAGUAGAAUUUGUGAGUUUUUGGUGGAAUUUAGAAACAAAAUAUUAUUUAUUUCAUAAUUCUAUGUAUUAUUUGCUGAAAGUUUCAUAUGAAAGAUGGAAUGAAAAAAAAUGUAUUUUAAGGUACCAUUUUUCA